CUUUUAUAUCAAAAACCCUAAUAAUCUCUUGGGCACAUAAAAAUCUCUUCGCCGCACAAUUGCUCCAAUCUGUUUCUUCUAGCCGGCCAAAAUGGGUUUUAAGAGAUUCGUGGAGAUUGGGAGAGUGGCGCUCGUUAACUACGGCGAGGAUUAUGGAAAGCUCGUGGUUAUCGUCGAUGUAGUCGACCAAAACAGGGCACUUGUGGAUGCCCCUGACAUGGAGAGAAUCCAGAUGAAUUUGAAGAGGUUGUCUCUUACUGACAUCGUCAUUGAUAUCAACAGAGUUCCCAAGAAGAAGGUUUUGAUUGAGGCAAUGGAGAAGGCUGAUGUGAAGAACAAGUGGGAGAAGAGUUCAUGGGGUAGGAAACUUAUUGUGCAGAAGAGAAGAGCUGCCCUCAAUGAUUUUGACAGGUUCAAGAUCAUGUUGGCCAAAAUCAAGAGGGCUGGUAUUGUGAGGCAGGAGCUUGCUAAGCUAAAAAGGGAGAUCGCUGCUUGAUUUCUUAAUUAUGAUCCAUUACCAAAUCUUAUUUUUGCAACUGUUUUUUUAGUGCAAAUUAUGACAAGUUGAGUUUUUUUUAGUGCAAAUUAUGAUAUCAAUUUUGCUGAUUCCGGGCUACUAAAUAGUGAAUUUUUUUUGCUAUCGGAUAUUAUUAUUUUAGUUUAGUUUUUCUUUCUAAAGUCUUGGUCUGAUUGGUCUGGUCAUCUUUUUAAACCACCUAUGAACUUCGAUCUUUAGUAGAUGCAGUUUUUUCUUCUUCGUUUAGUUCGCAUAUCUUCAAAAAUCUUACAACCAAGUAGAAUCUU